CAUCAGGGCAGUAUUGAGUUUAAUGACAGUACACGUUUCACUGAUCUUUCCUGUAUAGCGAUGAUGUGAUUGUCGGUGUUGGAAGUAUUUUGUGUGGGUGCUGUUGGAUGUUGUUGGAGAAUAGCCUACGUAGCCUUCCGGGAUGAAACUGCAACUCUAGGUUUCCAGUAGCAGGCGUCUACUGCACUCCAUGUAGCCGUCGCCAAAACACAGCGAGCUUGGAGCGGUUUACAUUCCGACACUAUUCCUAACAAUACACCCACAUUUGCAUCAUGGCGUUCCUGAAACAAUGGCUAUUGAUGAGUUUUCUCCUCAUGGGUUUUAAUCUAGCGGUUAAUUCUAAGAGGAAUUUCAAAUGCCCUUCAGGAUGCUCCUGCUCCAAGGAUACCAUCAUCUGCGUUGGCACAACGGCAAUGCCUCGAACCAUUCCGACUGAUAUCAAUUCUUUGAGCAUGGUGAAUGGUUCUAUUGCUGAACUCACAGAAGGGCUUUUUGCUCUCAUGCCAUCCCUUCAGCUGCUGCUUCUCAAUUCUAAUUCUUUGACCACAAUAAAAGAUGAUGCCUUUUCUGGGCUUUCUCGUCUUGAAUAUUUAUUUAUUGAAGGAAACAAGAUUGAAACCAUCACCAAAUACGCCUUAAGAGGUCUACGGGAUCUCACUCAUUUAUCCCUGGCCAAUAACGGAAUGACUUUCUUGCCAAGAGAUCUCUUCUUUGACUUGGAUUCCCUGCUGGAACUGGACCUGCGGGGGAACUCCUUCCAGUGUAACUGUGAGACCCGGUGGCUGAUGGUGUGGCUGAAGAACACCAACGCCACCGCCUCCGACGUCCUCUGCUCCGGCCCCGGGGACAUGAAGGGCAAGAAGCUCAAUGACCUGCCACUACCCCCCGGAGAGUGUAUCUCCACAGACUUCAUCCGUCACCAGGCUAUCCCCAUCCAAUCGAUGUCGGCGGACAUCUUCUCCUCUAAAGAGGACAUCUAUGUUGCCAUGGCGGCGCCUUACUCCAACAGCUGUGUGGUCAUGGAAUGGGACCACAUCGAAAUGAACUUCAGAAAAUUUGAUAACAUUACAGGGAAAUCGGUGGUGGGCUGCAAGUCGGUGGUGAUCGAGGACCAUGUCCUGAUCCUGGUCACACAGCUCUUCGGCGGCUCCCACAUCUACAAGUUCGAAGCCGGGCAGAACAAGUUCACCAUGUUCCAGACCAUCGAGUUGUUCAACAUCUCCAAGCCCAACGACAUCGAGGUCUUCCAGAUGGACGGCGACUGGUACUUUGUCAUCGUGGACAGCUCCAAGGCGGGCAUCUCCACGCUGUACAAGUGGAUGGACCAGCCCGAGCGCAAUGAGACCGGCUUCUUCUCCUACCAGUUCCUCCACGAGUGGUUCCGCGACACGGACGCCGAGUUUGUCCAGCUGGACGGCAAGUCCUACCUCAUCCUCUCCAGCCACUCCCAGGCGCCCGUCAUCUACGUGUGGAACAAAAGCACCCUGAAGUUCAUGCCCCACGGCGAGGUCCCCAUGGUGGACGAGGUGCUGGCGGUGCAGGCGUUCCGCGUGGGCGGCAGCGACACCUACCUGGCCUUGACCUGCUACAUCGGGGACUCCAGGGUGCUGAAGUGGAGCAGCAAGCAGUUCACCGAGGUGCAGGCGCUGCCGUCGCGCGGGGCCAUGUUGCUCCAGCCCUUCGCCUUCGGGGACCGCCACUACCUAGCCCUGGGCAGCGACUUCUCCUUCACGCAGAUCUUCCUGUGGGACGCCGAGAGCCAGAGCUUCGUGAAGUUCAAGGACAUCUACGUGCAGUCGCCGCGCUCCUUCACCGUGGUGAACACCGACAGGCGGACCUUCAUCUUCUCCUCCAGCUUCAAGGGGAAGUCCAUGGUGUUUGAGCACGUCAUCGUAGACUUGAGUCUGUAGGGCGGAGCGGCUUGGGCGGGACGCUGAUGCUAUGAUUAUGACUGUUUGGACUCCCAGGGGGUCAAAAAGAGAGGAGUUGGGAGUUGGGAAUACUUUUGCUUAAUGCAACACAAUAACAUGCUUUUUUAGUCCAAAGUGAAUGUUGAGGCAGGUUUCCUGGGUUAUUCUUGCACUUCUAUCGAGUAUUAUUGCAGUUAUAGAGUGAACAUACAACUUGAAACUUUGUUUUAAUUGCGACUUGAAAAAUCCAAACAUGAAAUGCAUGGGUAUUAAAACAAGAGAUGAUCUCAAUAACAAAAACAUCCUUUUAUGAUCACAUUUUUGAGAUGUAUUACAAAUAUGUUUUCCAAAAUCUUUUGGAAUACUGACGUCCAGGGUUGUUUGUAAAACUGGCUCAUAACAACAUCUAUAGCUUUCUACAUGCCUAACAACAUGCCUUGUGUAUAAUACAUACCAGAAUGAAAUACUGUGCUUUCCAAACUAUAUGUGACUAAUACCUGCAAAUCAUACAUGCAUUAGCAAUAAUGCAAUAAGAAUAUGUAUGUUACGCUUUUAGAAAAACUGAGUGCCUAAUAUUCCUUAACAGCAGAAUUGUAUGUCUUACUAAUCUAUUGACUAUUACUAUGCAAUAUGUAUGUCAAAGUCAGAUGCAAGAUUGAGAACAUGAUAAUGUCGUUUCUUAAUAUAUUUGUAAUCCCCAAAUGAUGAAUGUGAUCAAUGCAACUGGGUGAAAUAAACAAUAAAACGUUGUAAAAACAA